GUCAAAACGACUCAAAGUGUCAAAAACAUAUGGUUUUGUUAUUAACUUUUGAAAAAUGGUUAUCUCCAUAAAUAUAUCAGAAACUCUCAUUAAGAGAAUCACUAGAACCAAGGAAGACUGUUCUGGAAAAUUAUUUGGAACUUCUGAUACAAAUGUUAUCUCCCUUCUAGCAUUGCAGUCUGAUAUUCCAGAUGCUGAAAGCUUGGAGUACUCAUUCCCAACACAACUUGAAUUUUGUGGAGUUUUCCAAUGUGAAUCUGAAGGGAUUGGACAUCAGAAGUUAAUAGACAAACAUAAUGAGUUUAAUGAAAAAUCUGCAGUUCUCAUAUACAGUAAAGUGGGCUCAGAAGACCUUACUGUUAACUUGAUUGAAAAUGGCAAGCUCUCACAGGUCAAGUAUUCUAUUUUAACUGAAGAAGAAAUUAAUGCCUUGUUCUUGUAUAUUAGAGUGACAGGACACAUUAAUUUACAAUGUGAACUCUCUACUAAUGCACUGAAUGCUAGUUUCCACAACAUAGAGAAAACCAUUUCUUCUGGUGCUAUGGUUUUCAACAUUGCAAAAACAAAUAUCUUUCUUCUGGAUAGUGAAUCUGAAAAUAGUGUUGUUGGAGCAAAUGCUGACAUGGGGGUAAAUGAAAUAUGUGAUGAUUCAAAUAUUUUCAAUGAAGAAGCUAAUAGAAAGAAGAAAAUCCAGGUUUCUAGACCAAGAAUUGUCAAUAUUGAUAUGUUGAGACAAGUAUCCAAAUUUCAGAAAGAUCAUGCACCACUCUGCAUUUUAGAUAAAAAUACAAUUACAGCAGUGAAUACAACAAUUAAAUGUGAUUCCAUAUUGAUGAUCAAUAGAAAUACAAAAGUAGGUGAGCUUUAUCCCAAAUUAUUGAACAGUGUUAGGAGAUCUGUUAAAUUGAAUGAAGCACAUGUAUUGAAUACAUUGAGUGAACAUGCAGUUAAAAGUGUAGCUGCACAAACAUAUCAUUUUUAUCCCAGAGAAUGUGGCCAUUUCUUGACUUUAAUAUAUCCUAGAAAUGCAUCUGAUGUAUCUCUGAAGUCUAAGCGUCAAAUUCUUCACAAGCAACUGUUGAUAGAGACUUCAGCACCUAUGUUUAGAAGAGCAAAUCAGUAUGUUUUCAAAUAUAAUUCAGAUGGUAAACAGCCUUUGAUAAAUCCACAUGAGGGUUUGAAAUCAACAGACAAUGGAAAAUACGAAUACUACCACUACUGCCAGAACAAAAUGGACGACAACGGUUGGGGCUGCGCUUAUCGCUCCCUCCAAACGCUAGCCUCCUGGUUCAAAUUACAGGGGUACGUCGAUAGAGAAGUGCCCACCUUCUCGGAGAUACAAAAGUGCCUGGUCGACAUCAAGGACAAACCAGCCUCUUUCGCCGGUUCGCGGCAGUGGAUAGGCUCCACAGAGGUCAAUUUCGUCCUCAACACUUUGCUGGGGGUGGAGAAUAAGAUCUUGUACGUCAGUUCGGGUGCCGAUAUGGCGUCCAAGGGCCCCGAGUUGGUCAGUCAUUUCCAUAAUCAUGGUUCGCCAGUUAUGAUAGGUGGUGGGGUACUUGCUCAUACAAUUUUGGGUGUGGAUUACAACCAACAGACCGGUAACAUGAGAUUCCUCAUUUUGGAUCCACAUUAUACAGGAGGCGAAGACCUUCACGUAAUUCAAAGCAAAGGUUGGUGUGGUUGGAAGACAGUCGAUUUUUGGAGCAAAACGUCUUAUUAUAAUAUGUGCUUGCCACAAGUGCCUAGGGAAGUUUAGCAAUAUUUAAAACAUUCUUUAUUAUUACUGAUAAUGGGGGAAACCACUGAUUUUUCGAAACGACAUCAUCUUGAUCCCUAUACAAAAAAAACUACCAGUAAACAUAAUUUUAAAUGUUUUCAUUCAUACUGGGAGGAUAAAAGAAUAAAUAGGUUCUUUCGUCUGCUUUUCAGUGUCGUGUAAAAUGUACCUACUACACUAUUAAUCAGCUGAUAUUUCGUGCAGCUACACCGACGAAUUUCAAACGAAUGAAGAAAAUUUGAUUAAAGAGGAAAAGUGCGAAAGUGAACAGAGUUAAUUUUGAAAUGUGGUAUUUGAUUCAACUGAUUUCCCAGUACAGGUGUAAUAUCUGAUAAAAAUAUAAUCACAUAUGUAUUUCGAGUCAUUUAUCGCGAUUUUAUUGAUUACAUAAUUCGAGUGUAAUUCACACCUGCACAAGACCAGGUGGAGAUAAACUACACUGGUGUGAAAUGCACUUUUCAAAAGAAUGCUCAAAUAAGGUGUAAACCACACGAAGUGUACGAAUGUGCUGCACUUUUCGUACAAAAGAAAGGGCCUAUUUACAAUUCUUUUCGAAACACACACUUUCUGUGCCAUUUGAAAUGGUGUCAAUUUAUUGGUAAGACAGGUGUGACGUAUUACAACACGCAUAUUUUCCGUGAUCACACUGCAUCACUGCAGUUUUUUCUAAUCACUUGGCAAGGUAUUAGAGAGAGAUAGCUACAAUUAAGGCUCCACCUUCAUAUAUGGCAUUUUGAAACAUUGAAUGAAAUAUGCCUUCAACUUUAACUUAUAAUAUUGAUUGUACAGGGUGUGGCAAAUUGGACAAUUUUAAAGAGAAAGUCCUAUUCUCGAAUCAGAUGAGAGAAAACUGAUGUCGCUGAGGGUCGAUUCUCACGAAAAACUCAAUGGUGAAAUCCACAUAUCGAUAUCUGUCCUCGUUUCGGACUUACAAGGUGUUUUUCGAAAAUGGGCAUAUUUGAAUUGAAGUGGUCACAGAUAUUUUUUUUGCAAAAAUUGUCUGUUCCAAUGAGAAUAACUGCGAAGCUUUCCUAUAUCUAGUUCAGGAAUAUAACUUGUUCUUCUUGGAAGAAAAGUUCUAUUUUGCAACUAGGUAUACGGUGACUGAUUUCAGUGCCUGAGGAUCCAUUUUCAUGACAAACACAAUGCUUUAGAAAUGUUUCCAUGAAAACGAGGAAUAUUUGCCAAAAAAAAUAAUUUUUCUUAAAUUCACAUUUUCAAAAAACUCUGAAAUAAAGAUAGAUAUCGAUAUGCGGUUUUUACCUUCCGAGUUUGUCAUGUGAAUUGACCAACAGGCACUAAUACAUACGUAGUUAUAUUGAGUUCAAAUAAUUGUAAAUUAUUCUUUUAUGACAAUCUAAUCAAUUCGUCACAUGACAUUUCAUAACAUGCAUAAUAUACUCAGUGUAUUUCAACCUGAAACCUAACAUUUCCCCCCUAAAAAAAAUAAAAUAACAAAUUCAAGCAUUUCGGAACGGUUCGUAUUCUAGUUGAUCUUCUAACAGGUGACUUCCGAGCCAUAGCAGAACUGGAUUCAGAAGUAGGUACUUCCUUCUAGGUCUGUCUGCUUAUCUUCACCGGGAGAACAAUUUGGUGACAUCGACCAUCCUCGUCGCCACCAAUACAUACGUAGUUAUAUUGAAUUCAAAUAAUUGUAAAUUAUUCUUUUAUGACAAUCUAAUCAAUUGGUAACAUGACAUUUCAUGACAUGCAUAUACUCAGUGUAUUUCAACCUGGAACCUAACAGGCACCGACAUCAGUUUUUUUCUUUCUUGUAAGGGAACAGGACUUUCCCUUGAAAAGUGCCCAAUUUAGUCCACACUAUACAUUAGUACAUUGAAUAAUGUAAAUCAUGAUUCAUCGAUUGAAAGAGUUUUGGACGUAUUUCAUUCCUCAGUGGUCUUCCCCAUUCUUGCGAGAUAUCGGGAAACCUUGAAUUAUGAAUUAUGCGAUAUUUUUUAUAUUACAGCUGUUCUCUUUUUAUCCUUAUGAUUCAUUUAAGGCGAAUCAAAAAAUAUAUAUAUAUACUAGUUUC